UAUGAAGGUCGAUGAUACUCACUAUAUAUCUUUGAGUAUCGGUAGAAGUACUUUCGAUUGUUGAAAAGAAAAAGAAAAAAUGCUCUAGUAGCUGAGGUUAUCAGUAAAGGUGAACACGCUGCUUACAAUCGAAGUUUGACUGUAUUGAAGUGGAAUAUUUAUUAUACUCCGCCCCAAAAGGAAACAUGAACAAAUUUCAAAAAUUCUUAAUAAUUUUCGGUGGAUUCAUCUCAUAUAUGUUAGCUGAUGGAUAUACUUACUCUAUGGGUGUAUUAUACUCAGAGUUGAUGAGUACCUUCCAGCUCAGUAGUGCUGAGACAGCUAUUCUACCAGGUAUGAUAUUUGCAGUGCCACAAUUUUUUGCACCUUUCCUAUGCCCAUUAUUGGAUACAUAUGGAUUUUCAUCAGGUUCUGCAUGGGGUGCUGUUCUCAUGUGUGCUGGAUGUUGUAUAUCAUCAUUUGUGAACAACUUUCAUACUUUAUACCUCACUCUGGGUAUAAUGACCAGUAUUGGACUCCAAUUGACAUAUUUGUCUGCAUUAAUGUCGGUUACAGCUCAGUUUGAAAAGAGUUCAUUCUUUGGUAUAGCCAUAGGUAUUACUAUGUGUGGUUCCGGUGUUGGCGCAUUUGCAUCAAAUUAUCUUCUGGCUUGGCUUUUAAGCAUUUGGAACUGGCGAGAAGUACUAUUGAUCGAGUCAGCCGUCCUUUUGAAUAUUCUCGUAACAGCAUCAUGUUCCCAUCAUUUAGAUGCAGAAAUCAAUACAAGACCACCGGAUGAGCAAAAAAUAUGUUUUUCGGAAGAUUCAGAAGAUGAAACUAGAUGUCAUCCAAAUGAAAAUUCUACUCAAGCUUUCACAAAUGUUGGACACUUUUGGACUACAUUUCGAUUUUGUUUGUGUGUUCCAUCAUUAUGUCGUUUCCAAAGAUAUCAGCCACUCUAUGGUCAACGAAACACAAUUAGUACUGAAAUUGAGGACAAUGAACAAGGUAUCGUUAAUGGACAGACGGUAGUUAGAAAAAAUAUUUCAGUUAAACUGCAGUCAUGCGCAUGUCCACAAUUUAUUCAAGCAUCCAAGACCAAUUUUAAACAAUUAUUCUCACCAAAACUGUGGAGAAAUUCGAAUUUCUUAUUUUAUGUGAUAACAAAUGGUAUAACUGGUGCUGGAGUUGUCAUACCAUGGACGUUUAUUUAUGACUAUGUUUUGUCAACGCUAUCCUCUUUAAAUUAUCGUAAUCACAUAGGACUUGUAAAUAUUGAUGAUAUCUCAUGGCUGCCAUCUUUAAUUGGUUUCGGUUUGCUAUUUGGGCAACUGUUUUUUGGUUUGAUAACAUCUCAGUUUGGUGAUAUUGGUACUUGCUGUGAAAAUUGCAAAGAAGAUGUCAGCAAUAAAGAUAACUGUUGCUCACCGACUUCUUUUAAGACUAUUAUGAUGGAAAAAUGUAAAGCAACAAAGUAUCGAUUUCACCUGGCAGUUUUUCUAACUGUACUUCUUUUAAACGGUGUAUGCACACUAAGUAUGGCUGUUAUACCUUUGCAAUCUAUGAGAAGCCCAACCAAGCACUUUGCGCUAUUUUCUCAUCCCGAAGGACAUCUAUUGGCGUUGGCUUGUUUUUUCGUUGGGAUGUCGAAUGGCGGACUAUACGUCAUAUUUCCGCAGUUAAUAAUUGAUAUUGUAGGUGUUGAAUUAUGGUCUUCUGGGCUUGGCUUGUUUUUAGCCUUUAAUGGUGCUAUGAACUUAUGUGGAACAAAUAUUGGGGGUCGGAUUAAUGAUACAACAGGUUCAUAUCAAACGGCUUUUAUGAUUGCUGCAUGCCUUCCAUUGAUUUCUUUUAUUUUGAUGAUUUCAAAAGAGCUAAUCACACGGGCGCUGUGUCCUCCUAAGUUAUCCGUGGAUUGUGACAUACAACCAGAAUAAAUUUUUAAUCUGAGAUUGCUUGUACAAAUGACAAUAGUUUUCUGUUUGUUCCUAAAAUUCCUCCUCUCUGUGAAAUUUUUUUAUUAUAUCUUCCUAUUGUAAGUACAACUUCUGUGCAAUUACUUUUAUCUCUUUCGGAAAAAAUCUAUUCAUCAGUAAUAAAUCCAGAUGAUGUAUGUGUAGCACUAGAGAACAUAUCUGGUCACAAACUGCUUGGAAGUAACCGUGUAAUAUCAUUUAAUGUACCUUUUUGUUUGAACAGAUGAUCAGUGUCAUAGAUGAAUUCACUGGUGAUCUACGAUACUAAAUGUGAACAUUUUAAUGCUCUACGUGUUGGUAUUAAUACAUGAUGCUAGUUUCCAAACCAUUUAGAUAUGUAAGUGUUCUGCAUCAGCACCUAGUUCAAACAAAU